AUGGCUCCUAAGCAGAUCUAUUACUUGGACAAAUACUUCAAUGAGCAUUAUGAGUAUCAGCAUGUCAUGUUACCCAGAGAACUUUCCAAACAAAUACCCCAAAUCCAUCUGAUGUCUGAGGAGGAGUGGAGGAGGCUUGGUGUCCAGCAGGGUCUAGGCUGGGUUCAUUACAUGAUUCAUGAGCCAGAACCAUACAUUCUUCUCUUGAGACAAACUCUUCCAAAAGAUCAACAAAAAUGA